GCGUUUAUAAACUGCAAACGUGACGCUUCAGCCUUGUGCCUACGAAUUAUUUUGGCAGACGCUACUCUACGACCCCACAUAUAUUAUUUUGACAAACAGUCGACGAAACGGGCUCAUCUAGGUGUACCCGAAACACCCAAGACUUUUCAUGAAGAAAUUUUGGAUCGUGCUACAGUUUGUCAUAAAUGGCAGGAAUAGAUAUGGACCCUGAGGUGGCACUAGGAUUAUUUGAAGAGGGUGCCAUCUUGAUCCUGCUUGGUGUGCCGGAAGGGACAGAGUUGGGUAUAGACUACAAGAUCUGGCAGGUGGGACCCCGUUUCCGUGGGGUCAAAAUGAUUCCCCCUGGGAUUCACUUCCUCCACUGCAGCGCUGCUAACAUUAAGAGCAGCGGUGGAGAGAUUGGACCCAGAAAAGGCCUUUUCCUCUGCCUGAAGCCCCGGGAGAUUGUUCUGGCCCACUGGGACGCAACAGAGGAGGACUUGGACUUCUCGGCCUCUCAAACCCCCGAUGAGGUUUCUCGGGUGAAGGCUGGUCUUCCUGAGCUGGAUCCCUACCUGGGGCCGUAUCCUUAUGACACUCUCAGGAAAUGGGUGUCUCUGACGGACAAGCUCCAGCCUGAGGUGGUCUCCGCUCUGCAGCCUCUCAGCGGGAGGGUGUGUGCCUUCAGCGACGUAGUUCCUGAGCUCCAGCUGCCCUACACUAAGGAUCGGCUAGAGCAGAAUCUACCUCGCAACGAUGUGCAGUGCCAGAGCAUGAGGGAGGGACUGGAAAGGUUGCCACGGAUGAAGCCGAGGGAAGGGACGGAGCUGCGUUUCUCCCACAUUCCAAGGCAGAUGUUCCCGGCUGGCGCCACACCAGCCCAGAUCACCCAGUGCAGUCUGGACCUCAGCUACACCCUGAACUGUCUGCUGGAGAAGCACCAUAAGGAACAGCCGCUCAACGUACUGGGGGAGCUGCAGUUUGCCUUUGUGUGUUUCCUCAUUGGGAACGUGUACGAAGCGUUUGAACACUGGAAGGAGCUUCUGGCUGUGCUUUGCCGUAGCGAGGAGGCCAUGCAGGAGAGGAAGGAUCUCUACCUGGGACUCAUCAGUGUGCUGUACCACCAGCUCGGAGAGAUCCCGCCAGACUUCUUUGUGGAUAUUGUGUCUCAGAACAACUUCCUUACGUCCACGUUGCAGGACUUCUUUCAGUUUGCUUGUGGGCCUGGUGUGGACUCGACUCUUCGCAAAAAAGCCGAGAAGUUCAAAGUGCACCUGACCAAGAAAUUCCGCUGGGAUUUCGACGUGGAUCUGGAGGAGUGUGCACCGGUGGUGGUGGAGCUUCCGGAAGGAGUUGUGCUGGACUGAUGGCACACUCUGCUGCUGCUGCUGCUACGAUCUCUACAGAACCAGAACCAACUGGACUGCAGGUCCAGCAGGAGACCGUCUGGACCAUCCUAAUGCAGCACAAACCUUUCGUUCCUGCUGAGACUCAUCCUAGUUUGACAGUGAAGGACUUGGUGUAAUAAGGUCUGGUGAGCCUCCUGCCUCUCUGCAUGUGGGUUUCUACAUAUAACGCUGUCUGUCUGUUUUCAUGGUGGAAAACAGACUGCAUCAUUUGUCUUUAUUUUGUAAGUCCUUGUUUUUGUUUUGGUCUUGUGUGGGUUUUUUUUUUUUUUUUUUUUUUUUUUUUUUACGUGACUCCUUGUUUGCCCAUUUGAAGCACCAGACAUCUGUGUGUGUAUAUACAGCUGGAAUUGUGGAAAGUAUCUCAAAGAAAAGGUGUGAUCUGUCUUCAGCUUGGUUAGAGCUUGGGGACCUCUAAUACUCAAGCAAAACUGCCUCAAUUACACACAAAGAACAUGGAUGGUGAAUAUAUGUACUUAAGUGACUGUCAUCCCUUUCAAAUAAUUUCUUUUUAAAAUAAAAUUGUCAUUUUUGUGUGUU